AUGGAACGUCUUCGUCUCUAUCAAAUACCAUGGUCUCAUUACUGUGAUAAAGUUCGUUGGGCACUCGAUUUAAAAGAGAUUCCCUACGAACUAAUCAAUUAUAAUCUGUUAGGAGAAACGAAAGGUUUAGAACGAGCACCCAAGACAUUACGAAAACUAAUGUCAAUUCUUGAAGAUCCGAACAAUAAAGAUGAUAAUCGAUUUCAAUAUGAUUCAACACCGAUUUUACUCUAUUUGGACACGCAAUAUCCUCGAUCAUCCAUAUGUCUUUUUCCAUCAUCAUCAUCGUGUGAACAACGUCAACAAGUGAUUAAUACAUGUUUACAACUUGAUUCGGAAUUAGGUCUUUAUGCACG